GCUGUUUCCUGUCUACAGUGUCUGUGUAAUGUAGAUAAAUGUGAGGAUUUUCUCUAAAUCCCUCUUCUGUUUGCUAAAUCUCACUGUCACUGCUAAAAUCAGAGCAGAUAGAGCCUGCGCAAUGGAAUAAAGUCCUCAAUAUUGAAAUGUGACAUUGCUCUCAACAUCUCACAUCUCUCUGGAUUUCUUUUUUCUCAUCUUUACUGCUAACAAAUUCAUUUCCAGACUUUGCACUUUUAAGAAGCAAUGGAAAAAAUCAACAGUCUUUCAACACAAUUAGUUAAGUGCUGCUUUUGUGAUUUCUUGAAGGUGAAGAUGCACACUGUGUCCUACAUCCAUUUCUUCUACCUUGGCCUAUGUUUGCUUACCUUAACCAGUUCUGCUGCUGCUGGCCCAGAAACACUCUGUGGUGCUGAGCUAGUUGAUGCUCUUCAGUUCGUGUGUGGAGAUAGAGGCUUUUACUUCAGUAAGCCUACAGGGUAUGGAUCCAGCAGUAGACGCUUACACCACAAGGGAAUAGUGGAUGAAUGCUGCUUCCAGAGCUGUGACCUGAGGAGGCUGGAGAUGUAUUGUGCUCCAAUAAAGCCACCUAAAUCUGCACGCUCUGUACGUGCUCAGCGCCACACUGAUAUGCCAAAAGCACAAAAGGAAGUGCAUUUGAAGAAUACAAGUAGAGGGAACACAGGAAACAGAAACUACAGAAUGUAAGAACAUGCCAUCCACAAGAAUGAAGAAUGAAUGUGCCAUCUGCAGGAUACUUUGCUGUAAAUAAAUUAUUUGUUAAACAUUGGAAAACUUAAAAAAACCUAUGGUUUAAUAAGCUUGAUGCAAUCUCAACCAAUGGGCAUUCUUCCAGUGAACAAUGCAACUAAACAUUCCAAUAUAAAGUCUUUAGAGAACAGAACAUUUUAACCAGCCCAGAGAUAAAAAAUUCUGUGGUUGAUAUAUUACUGUUAACCUGUUUUAAAUGUCCUGCACAAAAUCUCUUAAAGUCCUGUGCCCCUCAAAAGCCUACAAAUUUAUGGGCCUUUGACGGAUCCAAUUGCACUAAAUUAACCUACGAACACUGGCUGCUGGAGUCAUUCAUCAGCCUUGUCUAAGUGGUGGUUUUUUUAUUUGCACUUCUAUACAAGCAACAGGCUGUUUGUUUUACAGUGUCUGAUAACAUUGUUUGUCUGCCCCUUCAUAUUUGCACAUUUGACAUUCCCAGUAACAGCAGCAGUAAGGUAACAUACAGAGUUUUAAACAUCCAUUAAUUCCACCUGUGGCAUUCUGACAGAAUAUGGGUUAUAGAUGCAUUUGUUUAAAGACAGUUUUAUUUUUCCUUCUCUUGCCAAGUUGCAGUUUAUUGCAAUUUGUGAGACAAAAGAUUUUUAAAAGCAGUUAAAGCAUACAUAGGCUCUCAAACCAUUAAUGAUACUUCCAGGUAAUUAUUUUGCAACAGUAUAGGUAACUUCCUUCUUCCUCCAUAUAAUGCAGUAUGUAAAAUUUAGCAUAUCAAUAAUACACAUAUAUCAAACAGUAUGUAAAAAUCUCUGUUUUAUAGUACAACGGUGCUAUUUUAUAGUUUGUUACAUGAAAGGGUCUGGCCAAAACAGUAAUAGGUAAAAAGCAAAUAUGGAAAGAUCAAGCCAAAGAUUAAACAACAAAACAGUUUUAAAAGUACUCAGUUUAAAUGAACCAAAAUGGCUUCGGAUUCCAACAUGGAAAUGACUUCUACAUCUUCAAAAGAAAAUUCAGAUACUUGCUUCCUUCUAGAUGUUUGAGUGGUGGUGUGUUCACUUAUGGUUGCACGAAACACAAAUUCAUAGAUGCCUACACCUGGGGAAGACAAUUUGAAAAAUAGCCCUCAAGUGAUUUCAAAGGGUAGCUCAUCAGGGCCUAAAUCUCUCUGAAAUAUCAGCAUUCUGUUCAAAGGUAACAGGGUUACUCAAGUUCUCUGCCAUUUUAAUUCUUCUAGAAUCAGAUGAGAUUAAAUUGACUGUUAAUUAGCUUGCUGCAUCUCUCUGUAAAUCAGAAAAGCUAAUCUAAUCACCAAAUUACAGUGUAGAAAGAGUACUCGAGAACAGAUGAACCAUAAUGUCCUUCAAACUGCUACUUACAAUCACCUUUCAUAUUUCUGCAUAACCUCAGCCAUUUAACCUUGAUAGGUACUGCACUGAUUCUGCCUUGAACAACACCGUGUACUAUGCUCCAUUUUUGCAAAUCAGCUCAGUGCUAGAUUGGCCCUGUGGUAAAGGGGGAUAGGUAGCCAACAGUGUCCCAAGGUGAGCAAUAAAUGUCUCUGUGAGAGGAGGUAAGUGAAGGCAGGGGAAAAUGCACUGCUCCACCCUGUCCAGAACUGCAACGUGGUUCCAUUCGACUUCUUCCCCCCAUCACCCUGCAUGUGGUAAGCUCCGACAAGGGAUGAAGUAUUCCUUGGUCAGCCCCAAAGAGGUCAGGCAGAAUACUGUAAUAGGGAGGAAUUAGGGACAUGUUAGAUUAGAUCUGUAAAGGAAGUAUCUCUUUUUAAAGGCUCUAAUCUGCCUUAGCUCCUACGACAUCCAUGGCAGUAUAUGACUGAACUAGUAAUUAAAACACAAGAGAAGAAUCUCUGCAGGCUGCAUAUUGUACAGCGCCUCAAUAGUUUCUUGUGAAACAGGCAGGAAAGGUAGGUCUUAAAAUUCUAACACAUUAUAGUUCCUCUUUUAUUCCCAUAGAAAAUUUGGGUUUCAUAUUUUCUCCAAGUGCAAUGUAUUCCUAUGCAAUUUUUUAACCUCUCCGCUUUCUAUGAGACACAUGGUUAUAUGCACGAUAGGCUGCCAAUGCAAUGUAAAAGCACAACAGUAAACGAAUAAAAAGAAUAUGUCAUAGCUGACACUGACUGAGAUAGUUAUGUUGAAAAAGGAAGAAAGUACAGAGCAACAGAUGGGGAAACUAACCUGAAUUAUUUACCACCAAUUCAAUAAACAGAGGUAGCAAUGCUGAUAUCUGUCACAGCUUUUACAGGCCUCUUUUUGGCAGAGGGGAUGCAGAGGGAAGCAUUUUUGCUUCAAUGGCCAUUAACAAUUCUGAAAUGUGUUCUAAGAAUAAGCCAUUAUUUUGGCGUCACAGACAUAAUACAUAUUUCCAUUUCAUGUCCCCAUGACUCUUUUGUCCCCUGUCUCCUCCGAAGUUCUAAGGGGAGGCGGGAGGAAAGGUGUGAGCGCAAACAGCAAUUUGCAGAUCCCUGUGGUGGCAAGUUUCUUUGUAGAUAACAUUUUACUGAUGCACUGCUAACAUAACUGAAUAACCAAACAUCAUUGUGCUAUUUAAUUCUUGUAAAUGAAUUCAAAGUUUGGUCUUAUCUUUGGAUUAAUGCACUUACAUUUAUGCCACCAUUUUUCUCCUGUUGAGAAAUCAUAAUUAGAAAAUGUCACUUAUAAACAGCAAUAUCUAACAUCAGAACUUGACAUCUGUCUAAACAAAUUAGAACAAUUCUUGAAAGAAACUACAAUAAAUAAUUAAUAGCUACAAGCUUCAAAGGCAACAGUUUGCUUUACUACAGAAUAAAUGGUAUCACAAAAUGGAAAGUAGCUCCACCGCUGCAGAGGUGAGAAAUGCAUGGAUGGGAAGUGCAUACUUGUGUAAGAAAUCUCCAGUCAUAUGGCAGGGAGCACGUGAUACACCAGUCAGUGUGAAAGAUAAAGGGCUGCAUUAGCUUAAUAAUCUUAAUAAACCCACUACUUAAAGAAGAAGUUGAAGCAUGAAGCAAAACAUCUCCUGCCCAAAAGUACAAAGUAGUCUGACUUGAAAAACAUUUAAUUAGAGAAAGUGAAAGGUUCAGCUGGAUUUUCAAAAGCACUCUAGAUAUUUAGGAACAGUGCUCCACUGGAUGCCAUUGAUUCUCAUAUAUCACUUAAGUGUAAAGAAAGUCCUACUCCUCAUCCUUCCAUAUCAUGUAAAUCAUGUGAAAGAAGUCACAGAUUUUUGCACUCUGGAAAAGACAUAAAAAUACACUUAUUACACAGAAUGUCACUGAAGUGCGAAUUAAGCCUCAUUAUUUUCAGUUAGUUCAAAAAGGACUGCAGAUCUGAACCCACUGAAGUUAAUGUAACUUUCAUUAAGGUGGCAAAAUCUGAGCCUCAUCUCCAUAGUAACCAUAAUUAAUCAUUAAGAUUUUAAAUGGAAAAUGAAUAAAUUCCAUAUUCUGCUCAAAAUGUACUUACAGACUUACGCUUACAUUUGUGUGACAGACUUGUAUGAGGCUUAUUUGUACCAUUCAGUCAAGAGAGAAAAGAAAAAUCAGAUAAUGGGAUAUUGCGUUCUGUCCCUGUAGAUACGUUGAAGUAGGCACUCUUUGACAAAGGCAGAUUACAGUGUCAAUUCCUUUUUUAAGAUUUAAGGGUAAAUUAGCAGUAGACUUUCUUUACAGAAGUGAAUUCCAUACAUAACUAGUAGCUAUGUUCAGUUGCCCCAUGAGCUGGUUGUUGACUUAGUAUCAAUAGUUAAAGUUGAUUAAUGAAGUCUCUAGGCCAAGCAUGGUGUCUUCUUCGCUUUCAAUUUUAACAAGCAAGUGCAUGAUAAGCCAAGUUUAGAAAAGUGUAUGCAUAUUUGCUUUGCCUGUUACUGAUUUGGCCAACAAUGCCAAAGUGGUGCUAUUGUUUUGUUUAAGAAAGUACUUGACUAAAAUAUAAAAGAAAGCAUAAAUAUUUUUUUAAUGUAUGAAAAUGACAAUUAUAUAGGUAUGGUUAUUAAAAUAGAAAUACAACUAGCCAUAACUUUUCAACUUUUUGUCACUCAGCAAUGGCAAAGAAACCUUAAAUUGAUGAAGAAGGGGCAGGUAUGUGUCAAAAUGCCACAAAAAUUCAUAGACUUGAAAUGCAAUUCUGCAUCUUCACUCCAAGUUAGAAAUACAGAUGAAGAAAAGCGUUUAAAGUCAGGGAACAAUGGAUAUGACUGAAGGACUGCUCAGAUUAAUCCAAGUUCUAUAUCAUACCAAAGAUUUUUAUGCCACACUCUAGCCUGAAAUCAGUGUAGAAUUUGGCUUAAAGUCAGUGGCAUGAUAUGAUCGAGAUUUUCAUUGGACACAUAUUUUUAUUUUUACCUGAUUACCUUCUCACUCACGGCGUGCCCCACAAAAGUCAGUAUUCUUCUGCAAAAAGAAAGCACAAAGAAAUGCAUCUGAUUUUAACAAGGAAUGAGAAAAUAAAUAUUCCUAACAUGAAACUGAUGCUAUUUUUAAUUCUCACCAGUUCCAAAUUGUGAGAAAAAGUUGAAAUAUAUGGCUAACAGUCUGUGAAUUUUUUUUUUUUAACUUUAUGUGGUCACUAUGAUUAUCCUAAUGUGCAAAAUUUCACGUUUCAUUGUUUUGUUUUGAAAUGAUGGUAAGUUAAGCCCAAAUAGAGAUUCUUGGAACCUAUAGGCUAGAUAGAAUACUUAUGUUCUGAUGAAGGUAUAAUCAAUAUAUUUAAAAUGUUUUAUUUUUAGUCUGAAAAGGAAUAGUAAUAAUUUAUUUGGGGACUCAACCUAUACUGGUCCCUCUUUUAAGGAUACUGUUCAGUGCAAACCAGUCUUUCAAACAACAAACUUCUAUUUAAAACCAACAUGCAUUCCUCCCUCCCCCUCCCCCCAGCAAACCUAGUUAAAAACUAAUGCAACAUAAUUUUAUUGUUUAUCUGUUUGUUUGAGGUGUGUGUGUGUGUGUUUUGUUUUGAUUCACUUUGUGUUGAUUUCGGGGGUGGGGUAAGGAGGAAGAGAUGAGGCUUUCAAGUCAGUAAGAUUUUUUCCUUUUGGGUACAAUCCACAAAAGAUAAAGAAUUUGCCUUGAUGAAAUUACUAAUUAUCCAAUUCAUGUGUGGAAGUAGCAUUAAGUAAAGCAACAAAAUUCAAGUUGUCUUGAAAGAAGGAAAAAAGUUAUUAAUACUAAGUUUUUACUCAUUGUAAUCCUACACUAUACAUGUUGCUUCUCACAGCAUUGGAAUGUUCUACUGGACUAUAACUGUCCAAACAUGCAGUAUAUGAUAUAUAUAAAUCUUUGAUUUUUUUACAUGAAGAAUGUUAUGGGAAUAUCUGAAACUUGAUUACAUAUAGUACAGUAUAGAGAUACCAGUCUGGCAGAGACCAAAACAAGAAGGACCUCCCUGAUGCUUACAUUAGGAAAUCUUAUACUAGUUGCAUAAAGGGUGUGUGUAUGUAUAUAUAGAUAUAUACAUAUAUAGAGACAUAUGUAUGUAUAUGUGUCUAUAUAUAUAUAAUGUUAUAAUGUGUGUAUGUGCAUGUGUGUGUGCAUGUGUAUAUUACGCUUUUCUUCUCUUUCCCCUCAAGUAAAAUUUGAACUUCCUGUUUUUUACACAUUGUUUCUCAUGGGUUAUAUCAAUAAUCCAAUUGGAAUGUAAUUUUAGAACAUUGUAUAAUAUGGGGGUCACAAGUUAGAUCCUGACUUUGUUUUUCACACCUGAAGAAAUGACCUGAUUAUUAAAUCAUAAACCACAUCCUUGCUGUCAUCGGGCAAAUCUAUUUAUCUGUUUAAGUACAGAUAUAAAGUCCUAACUCUGAUGGCCUUAUUAUGAAAACAUUGAUUUAAAAUUUUCUUUUAUUUCAUUCUUCUCCAGACAACUUCUGUUAAGUGAGAUUUUUUAAGUGUAAGCAUCCCUUCAAAGUAAGAAUAAUGUGUCAUAUAAAGAGAGAAGAAUGAAAAUAUCUGUUAUUUAAUAAUAUCAACUCAAUUAUUCAUUUGUCAACUAGAUGUUUUUGUAAGAACAAUUCAUGCCUCUCUAUAGCACCCUCAACUAUUUCAGAAGUGGAAAAGACUUAGCACUGUAAAUUCCUAUAUCCCAAAUUAUUUAUAAUAAUGUCUGAUUUCUUUGUGCUCUUCAGUAACUUUUAUUUUGCCAGCUUGACUCACAAAAGUCAAAAAAAUCAUCAACUAUAUACUUCUGCUGCUACACAUCCUUUCCGACAGAUAUUUAACAUACAUACACCCACCUACAAUAUUUACAUAUUCACACCUGAUUGAAGUUCUUAAGAAACAGCACAAAUACGGUUGGGUGAUUUUUUUUUUUCCCACAUUUGAAAGGUAGGAACCAUUUUUUAACUAAAUCUAAACCAUUCCAUCUUACUGUAUUUUACAUUCAUUAGUAUCAUCUCAUUCCUCUAAAGCAACAACAAAAUACCUGCAGAACGAAAAGAACUCUAUCUUGAUAAAUAGGAUCAUGCUUCAUGUACUCAUGUUAAAGAAAAAGGUUUAACCAGAUAACUAUAUUUACAACUCAUUCAAUAACAUUCACAUUUUGUAGUGAAACACUUAACUUUGUAAAUUUUAAAAUCAAAUUAAUGUUUCACUCUUCCAGGUUUACUGGCAUUAACCUGGCUUAUGGUAUGAAAAAGCCCACUUUAACAAUGACCUGAUUUUUAAAUCAUAAAACACAUCUUUGCUGUCAUCAGGCAAAUCUAUUUAUCUGUUUAAGUACAGAUAUAAAAUCCUAACCCUGACAAAGCAUCCAAGACCAAUAGACUAAAGUGCGACCAAUGAAAGAGGUACAAUGUUGUUAUUUUGUGCCAAGGGAUGAAUUCUAUCUUUUUUUUUUUUUUAAGAUUAGAAUUUAAAAUCAAAUUGAUAUAAAUACUGCAUAAGAGUUAUGAUGCUUUUCAUUAUUCCCACUUGAGAUGAGUUUGAAUAUAAUAAAGCACAUGCCAGUUACACUGCAUGAUACAGUAUAUAAAUCAUACCUUUUCAUUUAUUACCAUUUCUAAGGAAUUUGUUCAACUGAAUUCUAUAAAAAUCCUGUGCAAGAUGAAAAAACAAUUGUUAAAAAUGUAUAAUGGUAAUAGUUGCCUGAUUAAACUAAGUCUCAUCAAACAUGAGUCAUAAAAUGCUCCACUGAAAGCAUACAGGUAUUUCAUAAUGUUCUGAACAGCUUUGUCUGUAGUCUGAUACUUCACGUUGCUUUUAUCAGAAUGUGAUGGUUUGGUUUUAUAGUUUCUUAAUCCUUGGAGUCUUUGGGUUAAAUAUUAAACAUAUUUAUCAAGCCUCAGGAUUUUAGGAAACAAAGUUAAAGCAGAAGAAGCAGGACAACCUGCUGCUGAUAAUCAAAUUAUGUAUGAGCUUUCUCUCCUCCCAAAUUAUCUGCAAAGCCAUCCAGAAGUGCUAAAUGAAGAGAUCAAUAGCACUUGGUUUCCAGAAGGACAGCCUUUCCAAUAGGAAUAUUAAUUGUUCUUCCUUUCUUCACUGUUGGACUUCAGUUGGUAUCCUAAGACAGGGGUUUCCAUGAUGCAAGCAUGAAUGUGGAUACAUGAAUUUCUGAUUUCACUACUGAAUAAUGCUACUAUUAACAUUUCAAGUCAUUAUAACCAAACAGUGACAAGUGUUAAAUGUUCACUCACUAAAAACCAUUUAAACUCUCUAUUAAAGUUCUAACUGGAGUUAUUCUUUCUUUUUUAUUUUCUUGUGCUUACUCAUAAUACAAUGUCACUACUUGAUGACAAAUAAUAUUUCAUACUGUGUAUGUAACAUCAUUGUGUUGCAGAAUCCCCCAAAUACCUCAACAAUGUCUUUGUUGCGCUAUUCUCCCCAUUUAGCACUUACAAGCUUUUCUAGUAACAACCAAUAAAUAAAAAAACAGAGCUCUUAAUAUGUACAAAUAUUAAAAAGAAAUCAAGAGUUUUUGCUAGUUUGCAGUUCAUGUAAUGCCAUCUUGACCAUUCUGUUCCCCUCUCUCUACAAGCUGUCUAGAACAGUAAACUUUGCUCCAUAAAUAAUAGUGUAUUCAUGCUUUUAAAGGCUUUUAUAUGCAUUUAUGGUAGGUAAAGGUUGGAAGAGGUAGCUGACUGAUUUUUACUUUUAUCUACUUUGAUUUCAGUAAAGGGCUUUGUCAUUCUGUAUACAUAAAGGUUAAUGCACCCUUUGGUUUGUAGAAUGUACUGAAAUGUUUGCAGCCCUCUUGGUAUCAGGUCCAAAAUGUGAAGCAUUACUGUUAAGAGGGUAUCUUUCUAAUGUAUUUGUAUGUACAGUUUACACCUCUGUGAGGUCUAAUAAAGGAUUAUGGUUAAUAAAAAAUGUGUUGAAAAUUCCUCAUCCACAUA